UGGAACUUGUCAGAGGACGAGCGGAGGGGAGGUCGCGGGAGACCACCUGGGCGCUAGACGAAUGCCUUCCCAAGGAGGGAGGUGAGGAGGAGGAAAGCAUAGCUGGGAGAAGCAAAUCGUCAUCUUGCGAGGCGGCCGCAGGGAGGAUCCAGCCAAGACCGCAAAGCUGACGGCCACGACUUUCCUGGGCUGUAGUGAGUCCAGCGGGGCGCCCACCUCCAGUGCUCUUUCCUCCCCGCCCGCCCGCCAGCCAGCCCACCAGCCCGCGCAAUCCUGCAGUGGAAUCCAAACUAAGAAACGCUGGGGCGCGGGUUGGGAGGGGUGGCAGUUGCUGUUAAGAGUUUAGGCCAAUCGGUCCUAGGCCCCACUUCUCUCGACCAAUAGGAAGUGGGCUAAGGCGCAGAGGCGGAAAGUGUAGCUACAGGAACAGGCAUCAGAGCCAAUCAGCCGUCGGCCCCGUUCCUGUCCGCCAACCAGCGGCAAGAGCGGGUCUGGGGGCGGGAGGCCGGAGCAGCUGUCAGGCUGAAGUCCAGCGAGCUAGCACGGUGGGGCGGCUGGAAGAAGCGCGGCGCCGGGCCGGGCCCUGGAGAUGGUCCCCGGCGCCGCGGGCUGGUGUUGUCUCGUGCUCUGGCUCCCCGCAUACGUCGCGGCCCACGGCUUACGCAUCCAUGAUUAUUUGUACUUCCAAGUGCUGAGUCCUGGAGACAUUCGAUACAUCUUCACGGCCACACCUGCCAAGGACUUUGGUGGUAUCUUUCACACAAGGUAUGAGCAGAUUCAUCUUGUCCCUGCGGAACCUUCAGAGGCCUGUGGAGAACUCAGCAACGGUUUCUUCAUCCAGGACCAGAUCGCUCUGGUGGAGAGAGGGGGCUGCUCCUUCCUCUCCAAGACACGGGUGGUGCAGGAGCACGGCGGGCGGGCAGUGAUCAUCUCUGACAACGCGGUUGAUAAUGACAGCUUCUACGUGGAGAUGAUCCAGGACAGUACCCAGCGCACAGCUGACAUCCCUGCCCUCUUCCUGCUCGGCCGAGAUGGCUACAUGAUCCGCCGUUCCCUGGAACAGCAUGGGCUGCCAUGGGCCAUCAUUUCCAUCCCAGUCAAUGUCACCAGCAUCCCCACCUUUGAGCUGCUGCAACCGCCCUGGACCUUCUGGUAGAAGAGUUGGUCCCACACACCAGCCAUAAACAACUCUGGGCUGGGAAGGGGAAAUCCAGGAAUUCUGCUAUUUGGGAUUUGGGGAUAGCAUUUGAGGACAGGUGGAGCCGGGUAGGGGAAAAAGGCUUUGGCCUUGGCUAUGCUAAGAAAAGCUGUGCCACUGGCCUUCCCUUCCUCGGGGUCCCCAAAUGUCUCAUGCUAUGGGAAUAGACAAGAGCCAGGCCCCAGAGCUUCUGGACUAGAAUCUGGAACACAGGGGCUAAGGGCAGGUGGCCUGAGAGCCAUCUGUGACCUGUCACAUCCCACCUGGUUCUCGCCUCCCCUUCCCAGGGUCUCUUCAGUGUACUUCAUAGCAGCUGCUGGAGUGGUGUUUGAGGAAUUAAUAAACCCUCACUGACUUUUUAGCAA